CCUGAAACCAAGGAGUCACCCCCAGAGCUGGGCAUUUCUGUGGAGCAGUCAUCAGGCCAGGACAGACUCAGGAGGCAUGGUCUCUGUGUCUCCAGCUGGAAAGAAGCCUGGGCAUGUGGUGCCAGAUUAGGGAGGCAGCAGAGCACUGAGGAGAGAAAUCCUCAGCAAGUAGUGAGGGGCCAUGAAUGUCAUGAUUAUGGCCAAAGCUCCAGGCCAGAACCAAAGCUUUUGUCACAGCAGAGAGUAUCUAUGGAAAAGACUCUCCAUAAAUGUGAUACAGAAUGUAAUAGAAUCUGUUCAAAGGAAAUAUUUUCUAAGUAUAAUGAAUGUGGGGAUUCCUUCAAUUCUAAAUCAGAUUUUAUUGAAUACCAUAGACUGUUCACUAGACAGCAACCUCAUGAGCAUAAUGAACGUUGGAAGGCUGUCAAACUAAGCCCAUCCAUUAAUUUAAGUCAUGCAAUUGACAUUGAAGAGAAAACCUCUAAAUAUGAUGAAUUUGGGAAGACUUUUCCCUUGAAUAUACAAUUGAUUGGAUACCAGAGAGUUCACACUGGAGAGAAACUUUAUGAACAUAAUGAAUGUGGGAAGCCUUUAGCCCAUACUUCAUCUCUAACUUCCUAUCAGAAAAUUCAUACUGUAGAGAAAUCUUAUGAAUGUAAAGACUGUGGGAAGGCUUUUAGUCACAGGACACAGCUUACUAUACAUCAGAGGGUUCAUACCGGAGAGAAACCUUAUAAAUGUAAUGAAUGUGGGAAGGCUUUUGGCUACAAAACCAAACUUACUUUACAUCAGAGAAUUCAUACUGGGGAGAAACCUUAUGAAUGUAAUGAGUGUGGGAAGGCUUUCUUUGUGAGAACAGAUCUUACUCAGCAUCAGAGAAUUCACACUGGUGAGAAGCCUUAUAAAUGUAAUCAGUGUGGAAAAGCCUUCCGCAUGAGCAAAGAGCGUACACGACACCAAAGAAUUCAUACUGGAGAGAAACCAUAUGGAUGUAAUGAAUGCGGAAAGGCCUUCAGUGGGAGAGGACAGCUUACUCGCCAUCAGACAAUUCAUACUGGAGAGAAACCUUAUGAAUGUAAUGAAUGUGGGAAGGCCUUUGGUGGGAGAGGACAUCUUAUUCAACACCACACAAUUCAUACUGGUGAGAAACCUUAUGAGUGCAAUGAAUGUGGGAAGGCUUUCAGCCGGAGAGGACAUCUUACUCGACAUCAAAGGAUUCAUACUGGAGAGAAACCUUAUGAGUGUUCUGAAUGCGGGAGGGCUUUCAGUCGUAAAGGACAUCUCAUUGGACAUCAUAGAAUUCAUACUGGAGAGAAACCUUAUGAAUGUAAUGACUGUGGGAAGGCUUUCCGCCUAAAAGAUCACCUUAUUCAGCAUCAGAGAAGUCAUACUGGAGAGGAGCCAUAUGAAUGUAAAGAAUGUGGAAAGACUUUCUCUGUGAGUACAGAACUUAUCCGUCAUCGGAGAAUUCAUACAGGAGAGAAACCUUAUGAAUGCAAAGAAUGUGGGAAGACCUUUUAUAUGAACAGAGAUCUUAACAGACAUCAUAGAAUUCACAUUGGAGGGAAACCUUAUCAAUGUAAAGACUGUGGGAAGGCCUUCCGCCUGAGACAUCACCUUAUUCAGCAUCAGAGAAUUCAUACUGGAGAGAAACCUUAUAAAUGUAAUGAAUGUGGGAAGGCCUUUGGCCACAGUACACAUCUUACUAUACAUCAGAGAAUUCAUACUGGAGAGAAACCUUAUGUAUGUAAUCAGUGUGGAAAGGCCUUUGGCCAUAGGACACAGCUUACUGUACAUCAGCGAAUUCAUACUGGAGAGAAACCCUAUGAAUGUAAAGAAUGUGGAAAGGCCUUCCGCCUCAGCAGAGAGUGUACAAGACACCAGAGAAUUCAUAUUAGAGAGAAAUCUUAUGAAUGUAAUCAAGUUGGGAAGGCCUUCAGUGGGAGAAGGCAGCCUACCUAACAUCAUAUUCAUAUUGGAGAGAAAACUUAUGAAUGUAAUCAGUGUAAGAAAGUCUUUAGCUGAAGAGGACAGUAUGAAUGAGAAAAUCCAUACUGGAGAGAAAUCUUAUGAAUGUAAUGAAUGUUGGGGGCGGAGGGGUGGGCUUUCAGCCACAGAGGACACUUUAAAUUCAGAGGAGACAUACUAGAGGGAGGUGUUAUGAAUGUCAUAAAUAGGAGAAGGCUUUUUGUUUGAACAGAGUGUACCUGACACUAUAAAAUCCAUAUUGGAGGAAAAUCUUUUAAAUGUAAUCAAUGUGAGACAGACUUUCUUUGUGGGCAUAUCUUACCCAGCAUGAAAGGCUUCAUAGGGUAGAGAUAUAAUGACUAUAGAGAGUGUAGGAAAGUCUUCUAUGUGGAGAUGAAUCUUAUUAGACAUCAGAAUAUUCCUAUGGGAGAUGAAUAAAUAUGGCAGGAUCUUCCACCAGAGAGAUUACUGUCAACAUGAGGAAAUUCAUACUAGAAUGAAACUUCAUUAAUCUAAUGAAUUGGCAAGAUCUUUGGCUUCAGAAGACUGGUUGCUGAACAUUAGAGAAUUUACACUGCAGAGAAACCUUAUAAAAAUAUAUGUAGGAGAAUUCUUAUUAGAAAGGAACCAUAUAAAUGUGUUGUCUUUGGAAAGGUUUUCCAUCUCAAAGAUCACUUUAUUCAGCAUUAGAGAAGUCCUUCUGGAGAGGAACCUUAUGAAAAAUCUAUGUAGAAAGGCUUCCAUCUGAGCACAGAAUUUACUUAACAUCAGAGAAUUCAUACUAGAAGAAACCUUAUGAAUAUGAGGACUGGGAAGACUGUGGGAGGCUGCUCAGCUUCUACUCGAGAAUUCAUACUGGCAAGAAAACUUAUGAAAGUAAUGUAGGAAGACCCACCAUCAGGAAAAGAAUUGCUACUAGUAUAUUUAUAGCUGAGAGAAACAACUGUGAGAAGGCCUCCUGCUUGACUGGACAGCUUACCCAAUAGCACAAAUGCCAUCAUGGACAAAAACCUGGGCAGGGAUAUCAGAAGACCUUUUCUCAGAACACAGAGCUUUCUUGGUCUUAUAGUAUUAACUGUAAUGACUUUGAGAAGAAUUUCUGCUUGAGUGAUUCACUUACUCCACACAAGGCAAUUCGUUCUUGAUAAAAAUUUUAUGACCAUCAAAUGUUCUAGAGAUGUUCCUUUAGCCCAGGAAUUCCUCACCUUUUCUUGUGUCAUGAGUCUCUUGCACUGACAUGGGUACCUAUCUUUAAGGACUUAAAAACAUUAGGAAAACUUAAGGACACCUCAGAAUAAUGUUGAACACAUAACAUAAAAUCCAUAGGGUUACAAGAGAAACCAAUUGUAUUGAAAUAUCAUGGAAAAAGGUUUUUUUGAAGCUCUCUGGCCCCAGGUUAAAAACUCAUACUCUAGAAGGCAGGACUAGACUGGGAAGAUUAUUGUGUCAAUUUCAAGGAUUCCAUUUUUUUUACCUCUCUGCAGCAAUGCCUACAAGUCUUUAGAGUUCCUCACAUUCACAGUUUCUCAUGCCAUGGAAUAAUAUUCCAUUACAUUUGGUGCCACUGUUUGGCCAUUCUUCCAAUCAAUUUAUAUUGACUUAGUUUCCACUAUUUUACAACUGCAAAUGUGCUAUUAACAUGUUUAUGUAUUUUAUUAGGAAGAGAUGAUACUCUGUGUGCUAGGUCAUUUAAUUCUGGACUUUGUUCAUCCAUUUGCCUACUUGCAGUGUCUUUGUAAGCUGUGUAUGUCCGUGUGUCUAUAUGUAACCAUACAUGUAUAAAUACACGUGUGCAUAUGCACUGACGGGCAAACUCUGUAGGCUAUCCAUCUAACUCACCAUCUAGACAGAAGGCAUUCUUCAUCCACAUGGUUUUCCCUAUAAAUGGCUAGACCACAAAUCUGAGUGAAUACAGAUCUUAUCUAAGGGUCUCUGCAGAGUUGAGGGGCUAGAUAUAACGAGCACAGUGGCCUCCAUAUACAGGAGCUCCUGGAGGACCUCAGCCAUCUCUCCAGGGAAUCUCUUCACCUUGGACUCAGUGCAGGAUUGCCUUCAUGACAGUAAUAAAGAUAAGUGCCUUUUGGGAGGAUUUGUCUCCCUCUUUUGUGUCUCAUCUGAUUGUAUCAUCAAAUACUGUUUCAUGACAUUUUUCACAAUUUUGAUGUGAUAAUGGGGGAUGUGGUUGGAAGACAAUCAUUAAGCAUUUUGCUUAGAGGCAGAGCUUCUGAGAAUUGGGAGGCAUUCCCAAAUUACUUUGCCCUGGUCAGACCACAUCUAAAGUUUCAUGAAAGAAAAUGGUAUGGGAAAGAGCUUUGAAAGACCUAAAGACUGAUAAGUGAAAUGACCAGUCAACUUCAGGAGGUUGAGAAUGAAGCAUUCCUCCUAUGUUUCGGCAGAGAACUGAUGUGUAGGAUGAGGUGUAUGUUGUGUGUGGUCAGGCAGGGCCAACAUGGGAACUUAGGAGGACUUUUAUUUUUUGUUGAGGUGUGACCUUGUAUGUUUCAGUUAACACACUUUAAAAACAAACUAUUCACAUUCGAGAUUUACAGCUUCACAUACAAUCUUUAUAUUCUUUGUAUUGGAAUGUUCAUGUGUGUUGAUGUUAA